AUGAAAAGCUGGAUGAUACUGCUGGCUAUUGUAGUCAGCACAGCAGAAACACAAAAACAGGACGUCUGUACCCAAGGGUAUCCUGGCAUUCACAAUGGCACACCUGGUCGUGAUGGACGUGAUGGUUCAAAAGGCGACAAGGGAGAUACAGGUGAAGCAGGACUUCCUGGCAGUCCAGGAAAAGAUGGUGCAAAUGGAGAGAAAGGUGAACAAGGAGCCAAUGGGACUGUUGAAGAGAAGGGGAACAAAGGAGAUAAAGGAGAAAGAGGACGACCUGGGAAACUAGGACCAAAAGGAAUUAUAGGGUCAGUGGGUUACAAAGGUCAGAAGGGAGAGCUGGGACUGCAAGGACAAAAGGGGUUAAAAGGAGACAUUGGGCCCAUAGGUCCAAAAGGGACAAAGGGUGAAAUUGGCUAUCCUGGAAAAGUCGGUUUCCCAGGGCCAAUUGGCCCGACUGGUAAUCCAGGUCCUAAAGGUAAUACUGGAGAUCUGGGGCCACAGGGCAAUCCAGGAGUUCAGGGAGAAAGGGGCUUGAAAGGAGACAGAGGAGACAAGGGGAACGUAGGUGCCCCAGCAGUCCUACCAAGGAGUGCUUUCAGCGUCGGCCUCACAGUCGCUACCAAAUUUCCUCCCCCAAAUCGCCCAAUCAAGUUUGACAAGGUCCUGUACAAUAGUCUAAAUGACUACAACUCAGUUACUGGAAAAUUCACCUGCAAAUACCCCGGUGUUUACUAUUUCACCUACCAUAUCACUGUCUACUCAAGGAACGUCCGAGUAGCUCUAGUUAAAAACGGCAUCAAGAUGCUGCACACGGUGGACAGGUACCAGAGUGGAGAGGAUCAGGCCUCCGGAGCCACCAUCCUCGAGCUACAGGGAGGAGAUGAGGUGUGGCUGCAGGCUCACCAAGGAGAGACUUUCAACGGGCUCUUUGCAGACGCUGAUGAUGAUACCACCUUCUCUGGGUUCCUUCUCUUCAGCACCUCUGACCCACUGGAGGUGCUGCCGUCACCCGCCACGUAA